CGCGUGGUGAAGGGUGGAGCGGGGUAACAACAAACACUUUAGCAGCCGUCAGUUCGCUGGGCCACACUACGUCACCAACUUAUCGACAUCCUGAUGAGGGGUCAGCAGGCGCGACAAGAAUAACUGACAAGAGCCUCCUUUCGGCCCCUGUGACGUCUCGCUCGUUGCGUCACUAACCGACCGCGGGAAAGGGCUCAGAACGUCGACAGUUAAUAAACCAUUGUCGUGGUCACGUUCCACGACAGUGUAGAGGAGACAGUAUCCUACGUUUAGCAGGGAUGUAAAACUGCUAGGUAAGAGCUUCAGAAUGUGUAAGUGGUGUUUGGUGUCUAUCGUUACGACGACAGAGAGUGAUUCAAACAUUGCCAUUAUCUGCCAGUGAAUUUAAGUAAAGGAAGAAAAAGAAAGAAAGAAAAAAAAACCUGCCAUAUAUCUGUUAACCUGCAGACAAGGAAAACAAGGAGGAGAGAACUGAAACAAUGAUCUAUCAACAAAAUCUCUGCAUGUCGAUCGGGACACAAGGCGGAAGUACAAGGUUCCAUCGACUUCGGGUAGAACAUUAAGAAGGUGAUCGCCGUUCUCCAGGUUCAACAUGUCCAACAGGCCUCCACACGACAAUGCUAAUACCUAUAAAUUGGUCGUGGUGGGCGACGGUGGUGUGGGAAAAUCGGCCUUAACUAUCCAGUUCUUUCAAAAGAUGUUCGUUCAAGAUUACGACCCCACCAUUGAGGAUUCAUAUAUCCAGUAUGUGGAAAUUGACGGACAGUGGUGUAUACUGGAUGUGCUUGAUACUGCUGGUCAAGAAGAAUUUAGUGCCAUGAGGGAACAAUAUAUGCGCAAGGGGGAUGGCUUUCUUGUGGUCUUCUCUGUCACAGAUCGGCAGAGUUUUGAGAAUAUCCCCAACUUUCAUACACAGAUAUUGCGUGUCAAAGACAGAGAUUCAUACCCAAUGAUCUUGUGUGCCAACAAGGUGGAUUUAGUGCACCAGCGCAAAGUUUCAGAGGAGCAAGUUCGAGACCUUGCACAGAGAUUGAGAGUUCCAUACAUAGAGACUAGUGCCAAAGACCCACCUUUGAAUGUGGACCUGGCCUUCCACCAAGUUGUUCGGGUUAUCAGGGCUCAACCUGCUCAUUUUAAAAACCCGAGACAAAAGAGAGUAGGGAAGAAAUCAAGAUGUGCCAUAUUAUAGUCCUUACAAAUAAUUCCAUUGGUGUUGGUAACAAAAUGUGUGUGGUAAAAACUGUUUAUUUACAGUUUCUGUGCUGCAGCUGGCAUUCUUCUGAUUUAAAAAAGAUUUGGUAUGCAUUUUUGCUUCUGUGUGUGUGUGAGAGAGAGAGAGAGAAAAUCUUGAGCAUUUUAGCUCAGAAAUUGUACAUUUCCAACUCACGGGGCUUAUAGCACAGCUUAGUGAAGUGGGAUUUUUUUAGGGGUCUUUUUUAUGGCUCUCCUUACUUUUUGGAACAAAUUUUUUAAGUACAGAUUUUAACAUUUUUAAAAGAACAAAUUACAGAAUAGACAAAGUAAAACUCUAGUGCAGUGGACAUUUGGUGCCAAUACCAAAAGUGUAUUGUUUUUGCAUAAUUGUCCAAUUUUGUGGAUCUUAAGAAGCACAGAAUCAUUGGACAAAAAGAUUUGUAUGCUACACUUUUGUACACAGAAAUUUCGUAAGUAUGACAUUGUUUGAAGUAUCUGACCCUAUUCUUAUAAACAUGAAUGAUGUUUUAUUUAAAAUUUAUAGUAGUUCCUGUUUUUACGUCAGUCAUCUGUACAAUUAAGCAGCAUAAAUUGCAUUUCAUUUUUAUGAGAAAAAUCUGUUGCACUUAUAGAAUGUAAAAGGAUGCAAUGUUUACUUCUUGUUCUUAAAUUCCCCGGCUUUAUGCAGUUGUCUCAAUAUUAUCUACACAUUUGUGUUUGGAUGUAUUUUUUGGUUCAGACACAGUGUAGUACUUUCAUAUGUAAUUAACUCUCAAGAGAUUUUGAUAGUGCAUAAUUUUUGGGGAUAUGCAUUUGGUAUUGUGAAUAUUUUUAAUUUUUGAUUUUAGCUCAUAUAUUUCAUAUAACUUGUUUGAUCAGUGACAGAUUUAUGACUUCCAUCUAUAAUUAUGCUUGCAUUUCAGGCAAAUAUAUGUUAGAUGGAUGUUUUGUUAAGGGCAGAGUAUUCAAUAAUUAGUGAUGCAUUUUUUUAAGCCACUUUUGAAUGUUCAGUUUUCUUGUUUUGACUAGAGCUCUCCACCUUUUAUGAUCUAGUGUCAGAUGUUAUUAUAUCUACAAUUAGAUUUAUUAAAAGUAUUAUUGAAUGGUUUUUCUACACUCAGCACUCAAGAUCUGUUCAUUUUACAAGUUUGAAACAAGCAAUUUUAUGACAUAUUUUCAAGAGCAGUUCUGUAAGUGAUUAGUUACCCCAGAGUUGUCAUACUGUAACUUGUGACAAAGCAACUUGCUCAAUCUUUUAUUGAAAGUCUAUAUAUAGACUUUGUGACACUUAAAGUCUUUGCAGUUAGAUUGAAUUUCUUUGUGCUCUGUUUCUGAGAGCUGUCACACCCUAUAAAUUUUUGCCAAAAUUUGGAUAAGUUUUAAUAAGCUUAAUUUGCAUUUUUUUAUUUUUUAGUACUUAUGACCAAAAUCAGAAGCACCUGAGUUGGGUUUUUCACCUUCAGCAAUUUUUAAAAAAAAAUCAAUGAUUAGAUAAUAUCACAAUACAAUCUCUUCAAUUUGGAUGUAUAUACAUGUGUGUGUAAUUUGCUAAGUUUAUUCUUCUGUUUGUGAAGGUAAAGAAUGCAAGUGCUCUUUUGCAAAGAAAAAAAAAUAGUUGUUAAUGUAUUAUUUGUUUAUGCAGCAAAUGAGGAUGCAGUGCAACGUUCACUAUACGUCCCAGUUUGAAAAAGUUUUGAUGUUCAGAUAUUUUGCAUUUUUGUACUUCCCCCAAACCCAUACAUACAAGGAGACGGGUGCUUUUACUUUUGGAGGAUCAGAGUGAGUGUAAGAAUGCUAUUAGUGUUGAUCUUUUCUUCGUUUGAAGAAACAAAAUGGUGUUGUUUCACGGGCAAAUUAUAGCCAGUGUUUUGCACAAUAAAGCUGAUUACUUAGUUUUCUGUCCCAGAUAUAAGUAUACCAGGAUCAGAUGUGAUUUUCCACUGUAAAGGAAACAGUUAUUUGUACUAAUAUAUUGAUGAUUCCGACCAAAGCAGACUUGGAAAAGAUCAGUAGAAAGCAAAGGACGCCAGAACCACAUGGGCCCAACUGAAGAGGACUGCCCAAAACCAGGUCUGCUGGCGAGUUGUUGCAGCCCUAUGCUCCUCAAGGAGCAACAAGGACUAAACUAAUUGAUGAUUCCAGCUUUUCAAUCAUGUUCCUCAUUAGUUAGCAAUUUUGUAAUAACAAAAAAGUGGUAGCUUCUCAAAUAUUUGGUGUAACUUCAGAUAAGGAUGCUGUUUUUCAGGAGCCAUGUUUGUGCUUAUAUAGGUAACAGUUGGUAAAAAUGCUAGCCUUCUUUAGAUGUCACUACAAAGUGAUGUUGCAUACCUUAUUUUCUUAAAAGUUUACAUAGUGCUUAUGGGUUUUCUUCAUCAUGGUAUGGUUUAUCUCCCAGUGAUAUGAUGGUACUACGAUUAUCAACUCUGCUAUUUUUAACACACUUUGGGGAGUUGCUAGACUAUUUCAGCAUUGUUUGGAAACCCAGAGACAUGCUGCUUUUGGGUCACAAGUGCUUUACCUAAGUGCAUUUGCACUUCAUCCAACAACUCCACAAAAGGUACAUCUGUGGUCCAGGGUUCUUUUAAUGCCAUCAUGAUGCACUAGUACCAGUCAGUUAAGCCUGUGCUACAUCUAAAAUGGCUUUCUAUACCAAGAUACUGGUGCAGUAGCCACCAUCUGAACUGAAUCACAACUUUGUAGUUACAUGAUCUAUGCUGCAUGUUUUUGAAAUCCAGACUUUUUAUCAGUGAUGAAUUCGAGAAUUUAAGAAAACAGCAUGUCUUCAAAUAACUAGUGCAUGCUCUCAUAUUGUGCAGUGUAAUUCAUAAUGGACCACCUGGAAAUACUGGUGCACAAACCAAGGUUUAUUUGGCAAUACAUAAAUGUCAUUUUAUGUGAAUUGUAUUCUUGCAUUCAGUUCUUUGUAGUACGCAAGUCAUUAAAGCAUCACAAAAAUAAAUUCAGAUGUCAAAUUCUU